UACAAUCGCUGAUAAGUGUUGAGCACAAAAAGUGUAAACAUAUUAUUAUUGCUUAUUUGUGCACAUUUUGUAUCGCAAUGAAUGCCAACACAUAAAUGUCGGACAAACACAUCCAACACAGAAAUCCGGUCACUAUUCACCGCAAACGGAUCGGUGAAAAUGAUUUUAAGAAAAGCGAUCAGAAAUUUACAAAACAGCGCAAACUCUCUGAAAAAGAGUCGGAUAUCACAGACACUGAAAAUAAGGCCAUGGUCAAACUGUUCUUAAUAUGUAAAGACAAUCCGGACGAAGUGUUCCGACGGGUGUCCAAAGAGUACGGCCCGGUAUUUACCCUAUGGUUUGGGACAACACCGCAGGUAUUCGUGACCGACAUCGAGCUGUCCCGCGAGGCUCUCCGCAAGAAUGACUUCGCCGGACGAAGCGAUUCAUAUUUUGGCAAACAGUUGUCAAACGAUGAAUUCAGCGAUAUCAUUUUUGCCGAUUACGGUCAUAAAUGGGAAGCGUUGAGACGUGUGGCCCACUCAGCCAUUCAGAAAUAUUCGACAAAUGAAAGGCUUAUCUCUGUGGCCACCGAUUCAGUCGAUCGUACGGUUAAAGCCAUGUUAGACAAGGAAGGAGUGGGCAAUGCUUUUGAUCCCCGGAGUUAUAUCUAUUUAAUGUUUCUCAACAUUUUGGCCACCAGUGCUUUUGGACAGAGUUAUGAUAUGGAAGACAAGGAGUUUAAAUACCUUAAAUAUGGUAUGAAAGACCAGGCCAUGGAAAUCGGUGGCCGAAUAUUGUUGUGGGAAUUCUCGCCUAUUAUUAGAUUCAUUGAUAGAAAACGAGUGGCAAAACAAAUAAAAGUUACGAGAGGUGUCAUUGAUUUACUCAGAAAUAAGUUUAUCAAACAUUACGACGACUAUAACGAGUCAAUUGAGAGAGACUUUUGCGAUGCACUCAUCAGUGCUAAGAAUGACGCCCUCAGAGACGGCAAAGAGUCGGCCCCUUAUCUCACGGACGCCAACCUCUCGAUGGCUAUCAUUGAUCUCUUCAUCGCCGGAACCGAUACCACACAACAGACUUUCCAAUGGAUUCUACUUCUGAUGACAUACUAUCCAGAAAUGCAGAAAAAGUUGAGACAAGAGAUUGAGUCCCAAAUCGGAGACCGAAUGCCAACACAUGAGGACAGGAAUCGAUGCCAUUAUGUCAUGGCUUUCAUUGCUGAGACACUGCGGGCCCGGAAUCCGUUGCCCUCUGCUCUUCCCCAUAAAGCUGUGGGAAUUAUUUUACGCAAUGAUAGCGAUUGGGAAAACGCCGAGAAAUUCAUACCCGAGAGGUUUGUGGACAGUGAGGGACAGUUCAUUACAACCCGACCCAAAGCCUAUAUACCCUUCGGUGUGGGCCGUCGUGUCUGUCCGGGCGAAAGGCUGGCCAUCGCUGACCUGUUCCUGGUUUUGGUCCGAUUCCUUCAGUCCACACAAGACUAUGAUUUAGUCCUCGACAGCCAUAAUGGCAUUGAAGCCGAUCCUAAUAUAAGCGAAGCUCAAUAA